AUGAUGUCACCAAUAAGCGCAAUAAGCGCAAUAUUUUUUGUGCUCCUCGCUACCUUAUUUUUCAAAAUUGCAAUUCCACCCUUGAACUUCCCCAGAAACAUACCCACGAUCCCCUUCUAUGUUAUUUUUUUACCAGUGUUCUUUAAGAUGGACCAGGUGGAACUGUAUGAAAAAUAUUUGAGAGAACCAAUGGAAAAAUAUGGUGCUGUAAAAGCGUUUUUCGGAUCAAGAUGGAACAUCCUUGUUUCUAGACCAGAGUUUUUGGCACAGGUUUUCAAAGAUGAGAACACAUUUGCUAAAAGCGGGAAUCAAAAAAAGAUUCCAUACAGUGUAAUUGCUACGUAUACUGGCGACAACGUCAUCAGCGCUCACGGUGAUAUCUGGAAAUUAUACCGGACAAGUUUGAACCACAGUUUGCAACGGUUCAACGAGGCCCCCCUAUGGAAAAACGCGAAAAAGUUCUGCCAACUGAUCUGCAAUCAGGUCGAUGUGGCAUCUGGCAGUACAAAAGUUGGUCCAUUGAUUCAAAGGCUGACUUUGGAUAACAUUUCUGAAGUUACUCUCGGCUUCGAUUUCGGAACUUUGAACCAGGAAAAAAGCUCGCUACACGAACACUUGCUUCUCAUUAAGAAGCAAAUAUUUCAUCCGUUAUUCCUUACUUUCCCUUUCCUCGACCUUUUCCCCAUACCGAUGAGAAAAGAAGCCUUCAAAAAUGUCGAAAGCUUUAGAAAAAUUCUAGUUGAGCGGGUGAGGCAAAAUAUGAUCGAAAACUACCAAUUCGAACAAACUGAUUUUGCUGCCAGUAACCUAAUAAGGUCGUACAACGCAGAAAAGAUAAACUAUACCCAGCUAACAGACAACAUUGUGAUUUUGUUAGUAGCAGGCCAUGAAAACCCCCAGCUGCUGAUCACAACUUGCUUGUAUUUGCUUGCCAAGUAUAAGUCAACGUGGCAACAAGAUAUAUGGGAAGAAUGCAAAAGGAUUGUUGAUGGUGACUCCAAGGGCUUGAGUGAGCUGCCUCUAUUGAACUCGUUUAUCUUUGAGGCUGUCCGGAUGUACCCUCCCUUGAACACUAUCAUUAACAGAAAGACUUCCAGAUUGUGCAAAUUAGGCCACGACAUAGUUAUCCCUAAAGAUACUUACGUUGGAUAUAAUAACUUUGGAGCCAAUCACUAUAGGAAGAGCUGGGGAUCAACCGCGGACGAAUUUCAACCUCAGAGGUGGGGGUCUGACAUAGAUACCAUUUUGAAAACGUGGAGGGAGAAAAAAACCACGGCCGUAUUAAGUUCUUUCCACGGUGGUCGCCGAGCAUGUCUGGGAGAAAAAUUAGCUCUUGUUGAACUGAGAGUCACUAUUUUCGAGGUGUUAAAACAGUUCAAGCUAUCACUAUCACCCAGUUGGGAAGAAAAAAUGACCCCUGGUGGGCCCUUGUGCCCAUUGAAUCUAGAGCUAACAUGCGAAAGGAGAACUUAA